AUGUCCGACUCUACCAACCACUCGAACUCCUGUGUUACCAAUACCUCCAAUGCAACAGGCCAGCAGGCUACCAGUUCUCCAGCAAACCCCCCAAUCACGUCCAGCACUCAGCCGAGCCCUUCCACCUCCAGUAUCGGUACCCACGCCGUCAACAGAGGACUCGUGAAUGGCAAUCACCAAGCCCAGCGCACAACCCCAACCGGUAGUACUAUCAAUAGCGACCACCAAGUCAGAGACAACGCCCUAAACGAUCAAAAUGACACGCCGCCCUCUGCAAUGAUGAUUGUGGAACAUACAGAUGACCCCACUGUUCGAAGGCUUCAUGAGGCCUUCCACACGGAUGCGCCGCAACGUCCUAGACGGCCUUUCACACGUGCGAGUUCUAUAGCGCACGAAAUGACCGCCAGGGAUAGACAAGAGUUUGGUCUACAGCCUGACACUGCCCAAUCAGAAAGUGCUUCCAACAACAAUCAAUCGACAACUUCGGAGCCUGACGGUUUCGAUCUCUUCGAAAUUCUCUCCUCUGGAAUCCCACCAGUUGCUGUCAGGAACACUCCGGUCACACUGGGUAUGUCUCAGGUAGAUGACUUCAGCCCGUCCGGUGCCCUACAGCCUGAUCCUCCACAGGCGAACAGUUCCGGAUCCCUCAGAGUUUCUCAAGCGGCUGACUUUACUGCCUUUGGCUUCCAUGCAAGUGAAUUGCCAUCAUACCCUAUGCGUCGUUCGGCGCCGCCUAGCGGAACGGCCGCACUUUCCAGUCAUCCUCUUGGGGAAGCAAGCGACGCAGCCACCAUGCUCAACUCUACCCCACUCGUCAACGGAAGACCUAGUAACAGCGACCAACGCCCUUCAUAUUCCCUGAGAGAUUUAGGGUUAAGUGGCGACGACUCCAAUACAGCUGGGGGUGUAUAUGCUACUGUCCAUUCUGAGGCUGACUGUACCCACCGACAAGCCGAACACAGCAAUGGAGAUGUUAUUGAAAAUGGCCAUGGACGAGCGCAGGCCAGCCCAGGCACACCAAUGAAUUCUCCACCUUCGGUCAACGUGAGCGAACUGCGAUUGGACCCGGUGAGCAGGGAGUCACACACCGAGCUUGCGCUUUUCAGCCAGUACAGCGAAGACGAGCCAAACAGAGCUGCUCCAGACGAAGACACUACAGCAAGCAGCUCCGAAACCCCAGUAAGGCGCCGUGCUCUUGUUAUUCGGUUUGGGAAUGUACGCGCCAACCAUAGUGAUGGACGAGCACCAGCCUGCCCAAAUACCCCGUUGCAGCUGCAGACCACAGAUUCACAGCCGCCGUUCGACCUUUCCAGUCACCAUCCGGGUAGGAGGGCUAGCAACUCUUCUCUAGUUCAUGGUAGUACGCCCGACAACAGCAUUCGCAACAACACGCCCAGAGAUGACGGGCGUGCAACAUGCUUGAGCGAUUACUCGCCACAAGAGCCUCCGUCAGCUGAGGAUAUAGAAAGGUGGAACAAUGCAUUCGAAUAUAUGCGUGCUCCAGAGAACGCCACGGAAGACCAGAGACACACGAACCUAGCGACACUCCGGGAAGCCAGGGCACCCCACAAUGCUCUCAACGGUGAUGGAAAUGACUUGGACUCUGGGAGCAACGCAGAGAAUAUCCGAUCGAAUACACCAUUCGAUCCUUCUAACCCAAUGGGCCACCAGGACACUGCUCAUCUGAUCGCGAAUGGACACAUUCCUAACCGUGACCGUCCAACUGCGGCGAGCAUUCCUGAUAACGCCCCAGGAAACGGAGGUAAUCCGAUGUACUUGACCGAUUAUAUGGAAGAGCUGUCAGCCGCGGAGAGAGAAAGAUCGACUCGUGCGUUCACCGCUGCUCAAGUCGGGGGCAACAUAAGCCCGAACUUCCCUCCAAACCCGUCCAAUCUGAGUGCUCAUCAAGGCCAUACCUCAUCAGUCGUUAACAGAAGCGUUGACAAUCGCGGCCGCCGAGCUUCAAGGACUGUGGGGUCCUUGAGACGAAUAAAUGCCGACGAGAACGAGGCUUUCUGGGAUGAGUUUGACGACUCUGCAAACAGUUGA